AUGUUAAGACGUGCUGAAGAACGAUUAAAGCCAGUUCCACAGGUUGUACCUGCAGCAGCCGCUUCAGCUCAAACACCAGUCACACAACAAGCAAGAUUACCUGAAAUAAAGUUACCUAGUUUUUCUGGUGAAUACAAAAAUUGGCCACACUUUAAAGCAGUGUAUCAAGACAUGGUUAUGAAACGUCAAGAUAUCUCAGAAACAACAAAGUUACACUAUUUGAAAACGGCUGUUGCUAAAACACCAGCUGAUAUAAUUAGUAACAUAACACCGUCUGAAGGCAGCUUAGAAACAGCUUGGUCAUUGUUAACUAGACAGUUUGAAAACAACCGUCUUAUUGCACAGUCACACAUUGAUCGUCUAUGUUCAUUACCAAAGUGUAAACCUCGACAUGCUGCGUCACUUCACUCAAACGUAAACACAGUCAGAGAAGCUCGCGAGAGUCUGAAGUUGUUAAAGAUCAGCUCAGUCUCUGAAUGUAUCUUGGCCAACACACUUGUACAAUCAAUGGAUGAAGAUUCACGUGAAAAAUGGGGUAAUCUUCUUGGUGACACUACAGAUUAUCCAACUGUGGAUCAAGUUCUUGAAUUUAUGUCUACUCGAGCCAGAACAUUAGACGGAAUGGGCAGUACACCUCAGCAAACAUCAGCCACAAACAAGCCAGUUACAACAAGGCGAGCCAACGCACAUGCUAGUACCACAAGAGCUCCAAGUGUCAGUCCAACUACGUGGGUUUGUGACGCUUGUGAUAAGAAUCAUCAUAUCUCAAUGUGUCAAACAUUCAAUGAUAUGAAUCCUGAUUACCGUUUACGGACAGUUCGUGACAAGGCACUUUGUAUUUAUUGCCUCUCAAGACACAGCUCAAAAAAUUGUCGCAGUAAAAAACGUUGUGGUGUCAAUCAAUGUGAACACUAUCACCACAAAAUGUUACGCGGUGGUGAUUUGAAUAUUGUCUUUCAGAGACAGCCAAUCGCCAGUUUAACGGACAAACGUAAAGAUACACGAUCAAAUGAACGAAAAUCAUCUUCUUCUACAUCUGAAACACAAUGA